AUGAGUUAUCCACCAGAUGCUUCACGUUCAUGUCAUGAAGCUGAUGGACGAAGUGAUCGAAGUGGUGGUAGUGGAGGUGGAGGUGGGGUCUAUGGAACUAUAUGUAGUAGUAGUAAAUGGCCAAACAAUACUGUUACAUCAUAUGAAAUCAAUUCUGAUCCUAUACUCACUGUAACAACAAUCACUUCAACUUCAACAACAACUCCAACUUUAACAACAACAAAUACAAAUCAACAUAGAAUGAUAUCAAAUUGGAAAAAAUGGUCAUUAGGCUUAGAUUAUUUAUUAAAAGAUAGUGAAGGUGUAGCAUUAUUUAAAUCCUAUUUACAAUAUGAAGGUUGUUCAAAUCUUUUAGAUUUUUGGUUUGCAUGUCAAGGUUUUCGUAGUAAAGUGGAUCCAUCAGAUCAUCGAAAAAUUAUUCAGCUGAUUAAAGCAAUUUAUCGUACUUAUAUUCGAGGUUCAAGUAGUAGUAGUAGUAGUAGUAGUCUUAAUAGUCAACCAUUAUUUUAUUUAUCGAAACAACAAUCCAAUCCAUUAUUACAAAAUCGUAUUGAACCUAUACGUCUUAGAUCAGAAACACGACAUGCUAUCACAGAGAGAAUUUCACGUAAACAUACUUUAGAUCAAACUGUAUUUGAUACAGCUCAAGCGGAAGUUGAACAAUUUUUACGAACAACAGCAUAUCCAGCUUUUUUAAAAUCAGAUAUCUAUGUAGAUUUUUUACAAACCACACUAGAAGAAGGUGGCUGUAUUCGUAAAUUUCCUAUUUGGGAACAAACAAUCUCCAAUUCAAUGCUUCCAUGUAUUAUUGGUGGGGAUAAUCAGCUGAGUAGUAGUACAUCGACAAAUCUUACAGAAUAUCCAUCAAAAUUACUUCCAACGUUGGAUGAAGAUCGUGAAUUACAAUCAGAAGAAUUAUCGCUGUUACAUUCUUCAAGACAUACGUGUAGACUGCCUUGUUGUCAUAUGAUUUCGCCAAAUGAUCCAGCUACUACUGGUUUACCUGAUCCUAGUAGUAGUCAUUGUUUACAUUGUAAAAAUUGUCAUGCAUAUAAUCCAUACUUACCGAUAGAAUGUUCACAGCCUAUUUUAAGACCACCAUGGUAUCAUUAUCAUCAACAACAAUUACCAAUGAUGCCUAUUAGUAGUAGUACUAGUAGUAGUAAUAAUUCAUCCGCUCCAUUAACAAUGGAAAAUUUACAAAUGACUCGAUUUUAUCGUACUGAAUUAUCAUUACAACAGUCUUCAUAUUUUAAUCCAUAUGUGACAAGACCAAAUAAUCAAGAGAGUGAAUCUAUUGGACGUACAAAUGUAACACAUGCUUGUAGUAGUAGUACACUAAUACCAUGGCAUUUACAAAAUCGUCCAAAUUAUGUUUAUACACAUUGGGCAGAUGCAAUGUGUCCACCUUCUAUGGAUCCACGUUUAGGGAAUUUGCCCAGUCAACCACCUAAUCCUUAUCAUAUCUCCUAUGCACCAGUUUCAGCACGUGAUUCAGAGCAUCAUAGUUUGUCAAGUGAUGCACGAACCGAUGAUACUCAUUCACAUACGGAUAGUAGUCAGUAA